GAGUCCGACCAUGCCGGUCUACUCGUUCAAGUCCAUCACGGUGGUCCCGUCGGCGACGGACUUUAUCGACAUCUGCCUGUCCAAGACGCAGCGGCAGACGCCGACUGUGGUCCGCACCACCUUCCACAUCUCCCGUAUCCGCCAGCACUACACCCGGUCCGUCCGCUUUGCCCAGCAGUGCUUUGCCGACCGCCUGCGGGGCAUCCUCGACGAGUUCCCGGUCAUCGACGAACUCCACCCGUUCAUGGCUUCGCUGAUGAACGUGCUCUACGAUCGCGACCACUACAAGCUCGCACUGGGCCAGAUCGCCACGGCGCUGCGGCUGGUGGAGCGUGUGGGCAAGGAUUACAUUCGGCUGCUCAAGUUUGGUGACUCGCUGUAUCGGUGCAAGACGCUGAAGCGGGCGGCUCUGGGACGGAUGUGCACCAUUCUGAAGAAGCAGAAGUCUGCACUGGCGUAUCUGGAGCAGGUGCGGCAGCAUCUCUCUCGUCUGCCGUCGAUCGACCCGACGGAUCCAACGCUGCUUGUGUGCGGGUUCCCCAACUGCGGCAAGUCGACGACGGUGAACAAGCUGUCGCGUGCCGACGUUGACGUGCAGCCGUGGGCUUUCACGACGCAGUCGCUGUUUGUGGGCCACUUUGACUACAAGUACACGCGGUGGCAGGUUGUCGACUCGCCCGGCGUGCUCGACCACCCUCUGCAGGACAUGAACACCAUCGAGAUGCAGUCGAUCACGGCGCUGGCGCACCUGAAGGCCUCGAUCCUGUUCUUCCUCGACAUUUCGGAGCAGUGCGGCUACUCGAUCGAGCAGCAGGUCGGCCUCUUCCGCAACAUCACGCCGCUCUUUGCCAACAAGCCGCUGACUGUGGUGCUCAACAAGAUCGACGUGGUCCGGCCGAACGACCUCGACGACGACGAUAAGGCGCUCAUCCAGUCGCUGGUGGAAACCGACGGCGUGGAGGUCAUGGCCAUGUCGGGCCUCACCGAGGAGGGUCUCGCCGAGGUCAAGGCGUCGGCGUGCGACCGGCUGCUUGCGCAGCGGCAGCGUGAGAAGCUGGCGACGACGACCAACGCAGACCGGCUCAAGGUCCGCCUGCACAAGUCGAUGCCUGUGGCGCGUGACGACAUCGAGCGCCCGCCCAUGAUCCCGAGCCGCCGCGGCGGUGCUUCCGAGGGCCGCCUCCUCCUCAAGGACAUCGAGGCCCGCAACGGCGGCGCCGGCAAGUUCUCGGUCGACCUACGUGCCGAGCACAUUCUCGAGAACGAAGACUGGCGCUACGACGUGGUGCCGGAGAUCCUCGACGGCCACAACGUGGCCGACUUUCUGGACCCGGACAUCCUCGCCCGUCUCGACGAGCUCGAGCGCGAGGAGGAGGAGCGGCUGGCCCGUGCCGCCGCAGAGUCGGACGACGACGACGACCCGCACCGCGACGAGCGCAAGGCCGCUGUCCGUGCCAUCAAGUCCAAGAAGAUCCUCAUCAACAAGGCCGCCUUUGUCCGCAAGUCGGCCAACUCGCGCCCUCUUCCCCGCACCGCCCGCCGCAAGUCCGUCGGCGAUCUCAAGUCGCUCGACGAGCUCGGGUACGACACCUCGCGCAUCCGCGCUCGCGUCGCGGCCGGCGAGACCACCUCGCGUGCCCGUGCCUCGCGCAAGCUCCGCAACGAUCGCAUGGCCAUGUCCACAGAAGGCGACGACGACGACGACUUUGGCGCCCGCCGCGCCCGCGGCGCCGGCAUCGGCUCGGCCGCCAUCCGCAAGGCCAAGGGCGCCCGCGCCCCGCGCAACAAGGCCGGUAUCGCAGCCACCGACUCGGACAAGGCCAAGAUGCUCCGCAAGUACGCCUUUAAGCAGAUCAACGCCGACGGCAAGCGCGGUACGGCUGACCGUGUCAUCGUCGCCUCCAAGCCCAAGUGGAUGCUCUCAGGCAAGCGUGGCAACGGCAAGACCGACCGUCGCUAGCCUGGCUCCCGCUUUCCUAGAUCGACAUCAAACCAAAGUUAUGACCAUGCCCGUGUUAACGUGGCCGACAAAGUCGCACACACGCGCCACGCCUGGCCGCACGCCGGGAGGACCACCAGAGCCAACAGUGUCGCACAGGCCACACCACACUCCCCCCCCCAAACACACACACACACAC